UUUGUUUUUUCUUUUUAAGACUUCUUAUUCACAGUACUGUGCAAAACUCUUAAACAUCCAAGAACCCAGCCUGAAUCUUUGAAAAUGCCAAUGACAGCACAGUUUGACAGGCAUAAAAUAUUUUUGCAUUAACAAGAUGAUUCUCAAAGAGCUAUUGGCAGAAAACCUUUAUCAUCAGGGUGAGUAGUGUGCCCUAAAAAAACUGGAGGACCUGAGAGAUGCAUCUGGCCCUUCUAUUGUCCCACCCACUCAAUUUUCCCUUACCUACUGUACUUCCGUAUCUUUUGUAAAUUUCAGUGUUUCAUGCAAUUGAUGCAUUCAUUUCCAAUUUUUCUCUAUAAAAAUAUAAAAGACUAAAGGGUGGCUCAAGACCUUUGCGUGUUUUUAUUGGGCAAAUAUCACUUCGUUAAAAGUCAAUAGUAUAAACCAGAUAAAAGCAGCAGUUCUCGCUUUAAAAAGCUGAAACGUGAUCUCGUCUUUUUGAUAAAUAUCUUAAAUAAUCAGUGAAAAUUUAAAAUUAUAUCAGUAAAGUUCUCUUCCGCAUCGGACAGUCUAUCAAAUGUUGAUCUACUUCUGCAGACAUUAAUCCACUUUGCCCAAUUUCAGAGCAAAUUCUGGCAACCGCUUACGUGGCCGGUUGUUGCGUUGAUAGUCGUGCGGUCAUUGUCGGAAAUUUGAUGCAAAAUCAAACAACACUGCUAAACCUGGCGAAAAGUUGCUUAAUUUAAAGGUUUCAUCACGAACAAAUAAUCAGUUACUGGAGUAAAAUGUUUCUCUUUGUGUUUAUAGCAUUUAAACAACUAAAAGCGUUGGUGCUUUUAACUAGUUAAACAUUACAGUAUUAAUAUUUACGAGCUUACGAAGCACCCCUUGAAGGUCGCAUUUUUCCAAGGAACAGGGGUAAAGAAAAAGUCCUUUUAAAGCGCCAACACACGCACACUCAGUCCGUUAUUUUUUGCGUUUUUGAAGUUGAUUUCUACAUUAUGAACUUCUCUCUAAAACAGGAGUCUUGUUUUUCUGUGCAAGGUAACAAACUCUGGUAAGCCCGUUUAACUCUCUAAAUAGGCUAUAAAAAGAUAACCAGCGGUUUAUUACUGCGCUAAAAUGCCUACUGAACUAAAGCAGAGGAGGAAGACGCAGGCACAGAAGCAAAGCGAUGAACCAUCAGAAGGCUCAAACGGGAAAGAAGAAACGCAGAAAGUGAAGACUGAAGCAGGAGACAAGACAGGAGUGAACAAAACGUCCUCGGGCCUGGACAUUAGAAGUGUAAUGUGCUUGUUGUCGCUCGCAGCUUGCGGGGCUCUGAGCUGGUUGGUGCUGCAGCAGAAUGAGAAGUUUUCCCAGAUUGAGGAAAAAUACAGAUCUCUACACGGAAAAACUUCCAGUCUGUUCGACAUGGAGGAGGAGAUUGUCAGAGUUUCCAAAAAGCUUGCCGCCUCUGAGGGUGAGCUACAGGAUGCGGUCUCCACCAUCUCCCUGGUGACAAAACUCCAGCAGGACAUCUCCACCCUCCAUGCUGCUGUCACGACAAUACAGGCUGAUGAAAGCUCUGCCUCCCGUGAUCUGGAGAAGGUCAACGCCCACUUCCUCAACGUGACCCAGACGUGGCAAGAGAGUCUGGCAGCCAUCACCACCGAUCUCACCUCACUCAAGGCCGAGUCCAGGGACACUCAUGCAGGAGCCACAGAGCGGGUGAAUGAAGCCGAGCGGAGAAUCCGUUCACUGGCGGAGAGGCUGGAGGAGCUCAAGGACAGCACAAAGAGGAACGCCCGAGCUCUGGAGCGCACAGAGGAGGACGACGUCAAGCGAGCGCAGGAUCAGCUGGAUUGGAACACCAAGCAGAUCCACAAGCUGGAGGAGCAGAUCGGCAUCCUGAACAAGAGGGAGGCCGAGCUAAGCUCUCAGCUCCAGGAGCACAUUCCCCGUGCGAGGGCCUGCGAAGAGCAUCUGCCGGAGGUAGAAGAGGCGGUGCGCUCCAUCCUCAAACUGGGUGGAGAUCUGAGCGGGAUGGAGAAGAGGCUGGAGGAGGUGACCUUGCAGGUGUUCGGCACUGAGGACAGCAUGCUGAAAGCAACAAAUGAAAUCCUCGAGAUCAGACAGGAGCUGGACACCCUGCAGGCUCAAAACAGCAUCAUGAAGAUGAAAAAUGAGUUGUCCGUGGUUAAAGAGGCGGUCCGUGAACUCACCAUGGUGUUGAGGGAAAGUGGGGUUGACAGCCAAAUGAACUCUGACGCUCUGGAGGAAGUGGAAUGGAAUGAGGAGGAGGAAGAGUGGGAGAAAGAUGAAGAGGAUAAAUUGACCGAGCCUUUUCUUGAUGACCUCACGGAAUGAUGUCAUUGUUGUUGUUUUUUUGUCCACUAGGAAAAAUGAGUAGGAAUGUCCUGUUUAACUGUAGGCUGUAAACCCCUUAAGUUGAGUUUAGUAGUAUCUCUGUAAACUUUGUACCUCACUUUAAUGUCAGAAAACUAGCCUGAUGUCAACACGAGCUCAUUAAAACACUGCACUGUAUUACAGAAGUCGGAUACAUGUACCUUUGUGCACCAUUUUAUUAAAUAUGCCCGACUACUCUCAAGGUAUCCAUAUGCACUGAUAUAGUUUUAAAGCAUUAAAUGUGCCAGUCUUUGUUCAGUCUUCUCUGUUUUUCUCUAUUUUAUUCAAAUGUAAACUGGAUAUGUUUUAGGUUUUAAAGUUUUGAUUGA